AUGGCCCCGAACACGAGAGAUUCGAUAGAUGAGGAACCUGUCGAAGUCGAAUUGCCUAUGACCUCCAGUCCACAAUCCCUCUCGAAAGCCGUCUAUGCGCGACGAAACGAAUAUACUCGACCGCAUAAAAUCAAAAUAAAGAUUGGGAGCUGGAAUGUUGCUGCUUGUCCUGCAACCGAGAAAGAUCUCGCAGGUUGGUUUGUGCAAGGCAAAGGCAUUGACAAACGACUAGCUGGGCUUGAUAUAGCCAAUGCGAUUGAGAAGGAGAAUAGCCAAUCGAAUAUAGAAAGUGUCGAGGAACAAGAAUCAAGGAGGAAGAAGAAAGAGUCGACAAUCCCGCUUGGCGAUGGAGGUAUAAUUGCUGGCGGAGAAGAUGUCGGAUUGUAUGUUUUGGGAUUACAAGAAGUUGUUCAGCUCACGUCUGCGAAGGAAUAUAUUGGCAAAGUUUAUUCGAAUGAUAAUCCUGUAACCAUAUGGAGGAAAGCACUUUCUGGGGCUUUGCCAGAAGGUUACACUUUAGUCGCCGAACAACAGCUCUCUGGUCUACUCAUGUUCAUCUACGCAUCCCCAACUGUUGCACCUACGAUAAGUUCUGUCAGCACCGUCAGUAUUGGGACUGGAUUCAUGGGGUAUCUAGGGAACAAAGGUGCAAUCACUACUAGGAUAGUACUGGGAGAAACAACUCGACUUGUAUUCGUAAAUUCACAUUUGGCUUCGGGAACGGAUAAAGCGCAUUUGGAAAGGCGAAUCUGGGAUGUCUCACAAAUAUUGCAAAGAACGCAUUUUGACCCUAUAAGCCGAGGUGGAGUUCUAGAUGAUGCUCAGGAGAGCAUCGGUGAUGAAGAUUUUGCUUUCUGGUUUGGAGAUCUGAACUUCAGAUUGGAGGGGUUACCGGGAGACGAUAUUCGACGCUUGUUGAUGCUUCAUACGAAGGGAGAAUAUGACGUUGGGUCGCGAUCAAGAAAGAAGAUUGAUAACGAAAUUGAUGCUGGUGACGGACCGAUUGUAAUCAGGUCUAUUGAUAGUGAUGACGAGUCUGAGGAAGAGUUUCGUAAAAGCAGUAGCACGUUUGACCCGAACGACGAUUCUUCUACUGUAACUACGCUUCCCGAUCCAGACGAUUUCAUACAAGAUCCAAGCCAAGAUCCUGCCUCAUUACAAGCUACCAUUGAUUCAUUGUUACCACAUGACCAAUUGAGGCAUGUCCAGAAAGCUCGAAGGGCGUUUCACGAUGGCUGGAGAGAAGGACCAGUAACAUUCCUUCCAACCUAUAAAUACGACGUAGGGAGCAUGGGAAUUUUUGAUUCUAGUGAGAAAAAAAGGGCACCAAGUUGGUGUGAUAGAAUUUUAUUCAGAACACGGAGAGACAAAUUGGUGUUUGAUAACAAGAUGAAGGAAGAGGCAUUGGCAAGAGUAAAAGAUGAAGAAAUGAAGGCCCAAGGAAUGGAUCAUGCCACCGAUGAUGAAGAUGUCCUUUUCAGUUAUGACCCAGACGAAGAUGGGGAGCAACAGGCCACGCCUUCCAAGAGCGACGAUUAUGAUGAGUACGACGAAUACGAUGAAACAGAAGACAAUGAAAAUGCACCGGUAAUAACUAGGGAUGGAUUCGUGGAUCGAAUAAAUUUGGAUAUUUAUACCUCACAUCAACGAGUUCUCUCAUCAGAUCACAAACCACUCGAUGCUGUUUUUACCUUGGAAUAUGACGCAGUCGUCCCCGAACUAAAGUCAAAAGUACAGCAAGAGGUUGCUAGAGACCUUGAUCGAGCGGAGAAUGAAGCUCGCCCUGGAAUAACCAUUGUUAUAGAUCAUUCACAGAACACAGAGGAAAGUCAUCAAAAUGAUAAAUCUCGCAAGAAUUCCAAUGACGGAAAUGGAGCUGUUGAUUUUGGUGAUGUGGAAUUCGAGCACCGAAAAUCUAGAAACAUCACAAUUGCAAAUACGAGUCAAGUCACAUCUACAUUUGCAUUCGUUGAUAGACCUGGUGUUGAAGGCCAAGAGGACAGAAUUGCACCGUCGUGGCUCAGUGUGUGGUUUGCAGGAUUUUCUAUGGAUGAAGAUGAUAGAGCCUUACAAGAUCUUAAAAGGGAGGUUACACUGGAACCUGGGGAUGCAAUCAAUGUCACACUUGAGGUUUUAGUACACGAUCCUUCCUCUGUAACGUCAUUGAACAAUGGGGACGUCCUACUCGAAGAUGUAUUGGUACUACGAGUUACAGAUGGAAGAGAUCACUUUAUUCCAAUCAAAGGAAACUGGCUCCAAUCUUGUUUAGGACGGUCUAUUGAAGAGCUCAUUCAUAUACCAGAAGGUGGUGUGCGAGCUUUAUUACCCCGUCCAAGAGGCCAACCCGGACCUCCGGUCAAUAGAGGUCAGGAAGUGACUUGGUCUGCCCCUCGAGAAUUGCUUAAACUCACACAAGUCGUCGAUUCUCUCACCGAUCGUGUCGUGGCUGAUUCAAACAUGUUGGAAGGAGCAAUGAUACCUAGAGAUUCUCCCGGUUGGCCAUUCGAUGAGAAGACAUGGCGUUACAAAGAUCAACCUACUAGGAUCGCUCUGAAAAGUCAAGUAUUAACAGCUCUCGACGCCGAUCAAAGUAUAUAUGAUAUAUUCCCCGUCGAAAUUCCAGCCGCGCAUCGACUCGAAAUCGUAGCAGAAGUUCUCAUCCUCUUCUUACGCAGUCUCACCGAUGGCAUUAUUCCCGUACCUCUAUGCGAGCAAAUCGACUCCGAUAUCACAUCUCGAGUAAACACCCAAUCGGACGUCGAAGAAACAAAAGCGUGGCUACUAGAUAUUCUCUCGUUGCCGCACCACAAUAUCUCUUUCGUCUUCCUCACCUCAACACUCUCCCGUGUAGCCGGAGAACUAGCACCAAUACCCAAAGUAAGACGCUCCCUCGACACGGCUGUUCGCAUCGGAUUCGAUUCCGUAAAGAGAACGCUUAGUUGGAAGGGGAGAGCAGCGCCGCUUCCGGAAGAUCCGGCAGCAGUGAGGAGGAGAGAAGUUAAUAGGGCGUUUGCGGACGUGUUUGUGGGGAUAGUUUUUAAGGGGAGUGUAGGUGUGAAAGAGAGGAAUAAGAGAGUGGUGGAGGAGAAGAGGAGAGAUGUUCUAGAAGCGUUUUUGAAGGGGUUUUCGCGUUGA